UCCAUGGUGCUUCAUAGAGAUCUCUUUCUGAGUUCAAGAUGAGUGGGUUCAUGAACCACUGCUUUGUGAAGUAGAACCUAAUAAGAGAUAUUAGCUCUUAAGAAAGGGCAAUUCUUGAGUCUGAGAAGGGAAAGAGAUGUCUCACUGACCAGGGCUGACUUUACAAGUCAGUAUAUGUUUUAUGCCCUAUUCUUUUAUCACACAAAAAAAGAGAAGACCUACUGCAGUGAAUGAAGAUUCUUCUGCAUUUUAGCACUGCUUUUCCUGCUGUCGUUGGCCUUUGAAUGAGGAUGACAAUGGAAGAGAUGAAGAAUGAAGCUGAGACCACUUCCAUGGUUUCUAUGCCCCUCUAUGCAGUCAUGUAUCCUGUGUUUAAUGAGCUAGAACGAGUAAAUCUGUCUGCAGCUCAGACACUGAGAGCAGCUUUUAUUAAGGCUGAAAAAGAAAAUCCAGGACUCACACAAGACAUCAUUAUGAAAAUUUUAGAGAAAAAAAGUGUAGAAGUUAACUUCACAGAGUCCCUUCUUCGAAUGGCAGCUGAUGAUGUAGAAGAGUAUAUGAUUGAACGACCAGAGCCAGAAUUCCAGGACCUGAAUGAAAAGGCACGGGCACUUAAACAAAUUCUCAGCAAGAUCCCAGAUGAGAUCAAUGACAGAGUGAGGUUUCUGCAGACAAUCAAGGAUAUAGCUAGUGCAAUAAAAGAACUUCUUGAUACAGUGAAUAAUGUCUUCAAGAAAUAUCAGUACCAGAAUCGCAGGGCACUUGAACACCAAAAGAAAGAAUUUGUAAAGUACUCAAAAAGUUUCAGUGAUACUCUUAAAACAUAUUUUAAAGAUGGCAAGGCAAUAAAUGUGUUCAUAAGUGCCAACCGACUAAUUCAUCAAACCAACUUGAUACUUCAGACCUUCAAAACUGUGGCCUGAAAGUUGUAUAUGUUGAGAGAUGUACUUCUCAGUGGCAGUAUUGAACUGCCUUUAUCUGUAAAUUUUAAAGUUUGACUGUAUAAAUUAUCAGUCCCUCCUGAAGGGAUCUAAUCCAGGAUGUUGAAUGGGAUUAUUGCCAUCUUACACCAUAUUUUUGUAAAAUGUAGCUUAAUCAUAAUCUCACACUGAAGAUUUUGCAUCACUUUUGCUAUUAUCAUUCUUUUAAGAAUUAUAAGCCAAAAGAAUUUACGCCUUAAUGUGUCAUUAUAUAACAUUCCUUAAAAGAAUUGUAAAUAUUGGUGUUUGUUUCUGACAUUUUAACUUGAAAGCGAUAUGCUGCAAGAUAAUGUAUUUAACAAUAUUUGGUGGCAAAUAUUCAAUAAAUAGUUUACAUCUGUUAAACAUUUCUUUACUUGAAAAAAUGGAUGCAUAUGUGUGAAUAGAUAUAUAUGAUCAGAAGACCAAGACUGCUUGGGUUAAUAUCGAAAGAACUACUAAUGGGAGCUUAUUAGCAGUUUAUCAGAUAAUAAAGCAGCAAAGAAAAAAGAUUUUUUUCGGUCCUUGAUCACUCUGUACAAAAAAUAGUCAAUGGAAGUAUUUUUUUAGUUAUUAUAUAUAGGGUACUGAAUAUUUUUCCAGCCUGCUUUAAGAAACAUAUGAGAGAGAUGGCAAUUUAUAGUGUCUUUGCACUAUAAUGCUACUUUUUGAACUCUGUGACUAUGUAAACUUAGGUCAUUCUUGUGUGCUAGGCCCUAAUAAGCCCUGCACCGUUUUUCCCUAAAACAGCCACAACUAAUAGUAACUUGAACCUAUACCAAUGCUAGCUGGCUUGAAACUGUCAUGAGUGGUAGUAAUAAUAAUAUACACUCUUUAAAUAUAUAUAGUUUUAAGGAAGUUACGUAUCAAAUAUUCAUGUUAAGCAUUUUCAUUUUUCAGUUACAGUGAAAUAAAGGAAAGAUCAGAAUUUGUUUAUCUUUUAUAAAGAUUUUAAAUGUUGAACUAAACUUACGUUGGGAAUAUAAUUUUUUGUUACAAUGCAAUUUAGUUAUUUUUAAAAUUUCAUUUUCAAAAAGAUUGUUAAAGAAUUACUAUUGUUGGUGAUAGAACAGGAGAUUGUCCUGUUAGAUGUAAAUAGGAAAUAUGUGGAAAGAAGCAGAAAACAAUAGACUACUGGAUGAAAUCUCAUUAAUUUAUGGACGUUUUACCGAAUUGAUUUUUUUUUUCUUUCAAGAGAAU